UUAAGAUUUGCGACACAUAGCUUGAUGGUACCAGAAAUCAUUUUGUCAUUUCUGAAAACUAGGAGUAGCAGCAGAAGCAAGCGAAACUUAGGUUUCUGACUAUGGCAUCUUAUGACCGGACUUUUUCUUAAAAGUUUAUACAUCAGUCUCCUGUGAGGUGGUUGAUGGGAGUUAGUUCUGGAGCGGUCAGUCACUACUUGGUGCCCUGAUAAGAUCAAAUUUCUGGACCUGCCAAGCUGAGGACUUGCUGCUGAGCUGAGGCUUUCUAAGAGGUAACUUCUUUUUUCUGAGGAGAAGACAGCAUGGGAUCAGGUCAAUCCACACCGAAACCCAACACCGACAAACAAAGCAUUCCAACCACAACAUCUCCAACAGUUACCUGUGCACCCUGCAUCUGCAACUACCCCGUCAAAGAACUUCAUUUGGUCUUAGCCUUUGUUGCUGGGAUUCUACUGACACUGCUGCUGAUGGGUCUUAUCUUCCUCAUCAUAAAGAGCUACAGAAAAUGUCACUCCAGUCCCCGAGCCCUGGACCUUCCCUUAGAUCCUCUGGUUAAGGUUCCAUCCGUCCCAGACAAGGCACUUACUUCUGUCAGCACGACUUCCAAAAUCUCAGAUGAAAAGAGAAAUCCUUUGACUGCAAACCAUUCUGCAGGCUCAGAUUCCAUUGUCUAUGCUCAAAUUAAAGGGAUAGACUUACCCUGAGUUUCCAGUUCUCAUCUCAGCUCUAUCGUCAUACAUCACUUUCUUUUUUUUUUUUUCACAUAUUUUGGACCACAACCUGUGUGAAACUGUAAAUGAAGUUGUUUGGGCGUGAGCUGACAUUGUUAGCCAGCAGUUUUGAAGACCACGGACCAGUCCUUUUCCUGGCCCAGGAAAAGAUUGCUGGCCCUGCCAUUUGGACCAACAGUCUGUUAGCGCCAUGAGGGCUGAGACUGCCCCUCCUUGUUUCCUCCCAAAGUAUGUGUGGCAAAAGCUCAGUGCAUCACGACUGUUCACUAAGUGGCACUGAUCAGCUUGGAAGGAGCCAA